UGGCAUAGAUUUCUUUGACCUGCUGCUAGGACCACCGAAGGCGCCGAGUAAAGCAGGUGCUCGACAUCUGUCUCAAAGUUACUCUUUAUGGACGCGAUCCCGCAGCGAAUACCGUAAUUGCCAGUUGAAUAAUUUCUUGUUUCAACUAUUGUCCACAACAAUGCAGCCGAUAGAGUCGAUGGCGCUGUGAGCUCCGCACCCGAAUGCUACCCAGACAAAAAACUUAGACCUGUGGACUUGUGCAUACGAUUGGACAUAUAAAAAGGAUCGUGCAAAUCACCGAGGGCUACCAACAACUCUUCAUCAUGCACAACGCUCUUAAAGUCAACGAAAUCGUCUACACUAUACUGGAACACGUCAAGUCCUCUAAGUCGGACUUGCGAAACAUGGCGAUGACCUGCUCCGCGUUCUCAAAUAUCGCCCUCGACAUGCUAUGGUCUCAACAGGACAGUUUGACACCCCUCUUCCGGUGUCUCCCGCGAGACACUUGGAAUCCCUGGUGGAGUGACGUUAUGGAUUUUAUCCGCGAACCGCUACCCACGGAGUGGGAGCGGGUCAGGAUCAAUGCAGUAAGGAUACGCGAGUUGGUCUUUACGGGGAACACCAGUCGUUCCCCGAAACCAAGUCUCCAGGUCGUACAGCGACUUUUCGAGCUCUUUCCGCCCGCUGUGUUGUUCCCCAAACUGCGCACAUUGCAUUUCAAGGCAUUAUCUCAGUAUUUGCGGGGCUUCGAUUCAGAACUCUCGUUGCUUCGCCAGUUCCUCUCGCCUAGAUUGGAACGCCUCGUAUAUAAAAUAGAGCCCCGCGCUCCGGCGCGCGAGGUAGAGCAAUUGUUUGAUGAUAUUUUUACUCAAGCGCCUGGCCUCCAACAACUAUCACUACUCAGUGCCCACAAGCUUUUGGCCUGUCCUUCCAAAGCACCUAAGCUGCCGAAGAAGCUGAAUGUUCUUUCGAUUGGCCCACUCCGCAUAGGUCUGAUGAAGCAGAUCAUUCCCGACAUCCAGCAUUUGCGCAGUCUCCAAUCCCUUACACUGGCUGUGGGAAAAUCAUUUGAUAUGACAUCAGAUGGUAUACCACUUGAAUUCAGUACGCUCAAACAUCUUCAUCUCACUGGCGCCCGCUUGGAACAUUGCACAUCCUUCCUUCAUAAUGUUACCAUGCCACAAUUGUCAUCCCUCGAAAUCUGGUAUUUCACAGCUAGUGGACCAGCCGAAGUCACCGCGGUCGUCAGGUCCUUAUCUACGUUCUGCAAAACAUUUGCAUUUCUGGAGAAUAUCACUAUGAUCAACCAGUCGGGAGAUCGCUUUGGGGAACUUGGGACUCUCCGUUCCAAUAUUUUCCGGCCUUUGCUCCUGUUCGGGAAGCUGUCGAGUGUCAAAUUUAUUGACAUUGGAAAAUACUGCCUGGACGACGCGUUCAUUGAGGACGCUGCAUUUGCCUGGCCAGAUCUCCAUACGUUGACAUUCGCGUCAAAAGAAUAUGGCGAAUGUCAGGUCACCUUGACCUCGGUGCUUUCAUUAGCGACCAGGUGCAAGUCGCUUCAUGAACUGCACUUAACGUUCGAUGCCACACAUUUUCCGACACUUCCCCGUGCGCCGGAUGGAAACCUGGAACUUUGGACCACGCAGACGGCCUUCCGCAAGCUAAAUAUCGGAGAGUCGAAGGUGUCGGAAGCAUCACGUUUGCACCUCUUCCUAGCAGUGCUGUUUCCAAAUCUAGCCAGACUCGAGUAUUAUAUCCGUUUCGAGGGUGCUGCGGCGUGGAUACAAACGGAGGAGGCAUGGAGGGAACUGCUGAUCGAGCGGGAAAACUCUCCAGACGAGGCAGCUUCUUGGCCAAACUUUUUACUGCAGCUACAGCCUUAGUCGGAGGAGGAGGACCAAGUGGAAGAUGAGGAAUGGGAGAAGGAGGACAAGAAUGA